AUGACAAGUGUAUGGCGUCGACUGCAGCUCCGACUUGCAGGCACGACACCUGCUCGGCGGUUCCAGGAAGAGGCGGACGUGGGUGUCGCUGCAGUCCUGAGCUGCUUCCGGAGCUUGAAACUUGAUGCACGGAACUAUGAUAAGGACAACGAAAAGCUAUUUGACCAAGCCGUGGAUACCAUUGGCACGAUGAAGUUCGAGCAGCAAAAGCAGUUUGUGCAAGACGAGGUUGCGAAGCAGGUUCAGACCUGUUUCGAGGCUGUAUUGAAGAUGCCCAAGGAGUCUGAGAAUAAAGCGUCUAAGAUGUCCCUGUCAGGAUUUCAGCGCGAUAAUGAAGUGGCAGAGAAGCUUAAACUUUCUGACAACUUCCAACAAGUCUUCGGAUUCACCUUGAAUGUGGAAGAGUCGAGUGUUCCUGAUGCCGGCCAAGGUGUCAAGUUACUUGGUCAUGCGUCCAUAGGAUCAUUAGUGGCGCUGUAUCCCGGCAUCGUCUACUUGCCGGAGCAUUACAAAAAGAAACAAUACCUAAGCGAGUUAUCGAACAACCCGUACGCUCGUGCUCGCUUUGACAGCGUAAUUAUUGACGCCAAGAAUGAGCCGUCAGUUCCGCGUAAUCCACUUGCCGUUGCUCACAAGAUCAAUCAUCCUCCCAGCGGAACACUCCCCAAUGUCGUUGGCUUUGCCUUUGAGUUCCCUCCAGAAGGACCAUUUGCUGCGAAGAAAUUCGACGAGCUGAUUCCGAACAGUUUUGUCAAAGAACCUUCGCGCCUCUCCAUGUUCGGCAAACGUGCUAUCGUGCAUGGCCUUGCUUUCAUCGCAACGGCAGAUAUUGCAGACGGAGAAGAGCUGUUUCUCAAUUAUCGCUACAAUCCCGAUCGUCCGCUUCCUGGAUGGUACACAGCUGUCGACGUCGAUAGUGAUCGCGCAAUGUGGAAAUAG